AAUAGAACUUUGACUAUCUCUUUGCAGGCAGCAGCAAUCAACUGCUUGAGUGCAGCACUAUCCUCAUCAGCAUUCUCCACUCCAGUGAAAGAUAUGCUCCUGGCUGAAGUGACAAAAGGUUUUGCCAAUCAGAAAUCAGGCAUUUUAAAUGUCUUAUUUCAACAUUCUGAACCAGAAACAAACCCCUCAAUAAGCAUUGAGGCGCUCCAGGCCCUCAAAACUGUGACUCAGAGCCAUCCAAGUAUAAUGGUUUUGUGUUGGGAAAAGAUUUCCUCUCUAACAUAUGAAUAUCUAAGUUCAUCUGCUGAUAAUCAAACUAGAUCCUGGAGAGGUAAUGCGCCCGGACUCCCCGGAGAGAAAGUCAUCACAGCUGCCAUCAAGGUUUUAGAUCAAUGUCUUCGUGCUGCUUCUGGAUUUAAAGGAACAGAAGAUAUUUUUGGUGAUAAGUCACUUGAUAACCCAUUUACAUCUGAUUAUGUGAAGAUAAAGACUAUUUCAUCAGCUCCAGCGUAUGAGAUGCAUACCAAUGUACCAUCUAAAGAUGAAGCUGAACCAUUAUUAGGAAGUGAGCGGUGGCUUGAAUUAAUUGAUAGGCAUCUGCCUCUUAUGCUUGAUCAUUCUUCUGCCAUGGUGAGGGCUACAGCAGUGACGUGCUUUGCUGGAAUAACAUCUUCUGUAUUAUUCUCUUUGUCGAAAGCAAAACAGGAAUUCAUUCUUUACUCUUCUAUCAGCUCUGCUCUAACUGAUGAUGCUCCUUCAGUCAGGUCGGCUGCUUGCCGUGCCAUUGGUGUAAUUACUUGCUUCCCACAAAUAUUUGACAGUGUAGAGGUCUUUGAAAAGUUCAUCUAUGCUGCUGAACACAAUAGCCGGGAUACAUCAGCAUCUGUCCGAAUAACAGCUUCCUGGGCUUUAGCAAAUAUAUGUGAUGCCCUUUAUCACCAUGUUAAUUUAAAUGGUUUUGAUCCACAUUCUUCGGAUUCAGAAGGAAGUUCUAAAUGGGUCUCAUUGCUAAUUGACAGUUCGUUGCAACUUGCAAAAGAUAAUGACAAGAUCAAAGCAAAUGCUGUGAGAGCUUUGGGGAACCUCUCAAGAUUUGUUCCAUUCAAAAAUAAUUCAAGUGCUUAUGAUAGCGCCGGAAAAUGUACUGGACCUCUGACAUGUAGCUCUGUAAAAGGUUUCAAUAAGAGUGAUGAUCCAAUCGGCAGUCCUAGUCCAAGCAAGAAUCAAUUGGAAGAAUCACAUUGGCUUGAAAAGAUGGUUCAAACAUUUCUUUCUUGUGUUUCAACCGGAAAUGUCAAGGUUCAGUGGAAUGUGUGUCAUGCAUUGAGCAACUUGUUUUUAAAUGAAAUGUUAAAUUUGCAAGAUAUGGACUGGGCACCUUCAGUCUUUAGCAUUCUGCUGCUGCUGCUGUGCAAUUCCACUAACUUUAAAAUUAGGAUACAAGCAGCUGCAGCUUUGGCUGUCCCAGCAACCAUCAGUGAAUAUGGAAGAUCUUUCAUGGAUGUCCUUCAAGGCGUGGAGCAUGUCAUUGAAAAUCUAAGGUCGGAUCAGAUUUCAAUGCCAUCAAAUUUGAAGUAUAGGGUUGCACUUGAAAAGCAGUUGACCUCAACUAUGUUGCAUGUGCUUUCUCUUUCUUCUCAAAUUCACGAUCAUGGUGUGCACGAGUUUCUUGGCAAGAAAUCAUCAUUCCUCGAGGAGUGGCUUAAAGGGUUGUGCUUCUCAUUGCGGGCACCAAAUGAUCUGCUUGAUGCAGAGUACUCUUCCAACCGUGACAAAAAGAAAGAGAUGAUAUGCCUAGCAAUUAAGUCUUUAGUUGAGGUUUUUGAAGCCCAUGAUCUUAAUGCUCUUGCUCUCAGGUAUCAAAAACUGUGCAGUAGCAUAUGACACAUCCAUCUACACUAUUGAUUUUCUGUUGUCAUAUUGCUGCUAACAUUCUCAAGCGGAGUAUGAAAACUGGUGUUAGUUGUGGUGAUGAUGGAUUGAAUUUCUGGGCCAAUGUAUCUUUUUGCAUCUCUGAUCCUUCCCUAACCGUUUUGUUAAAAAGAAAAAGAAGUGGGAUGG